CUAGCUGAGCUGGAGCAGCUAUAAAUCUACUCUACCGUACACAGUUAUGCUGAUUAUUGCUACAAAUUUUGCAGCGCAAUAAUGGCGAACCCAAUGCCACACGUAGGUACUUUAUCAAGAGGCCAAGUUGCUCAAAAAGUUAGGCUGAGCAUUAUAGCUGUUCGAGCAGUAUGCUCUCUGCUUAAGCAACACUUUAGAACUGAUAGUGGAAUUGCUGUCAGCGAAAUUGUUGAAGGAGGCUCAUUGGGAUAUGGAACUUAUGUUCCUAUGAAGUUUGACAUUGACCUGGUUAUAUACUCAACCAGUCUAACGGCUGACAAGUUACGUGACAGAGAUAAGAGGAAAAAAUUCCUUUCAGAUCUUCAGGAAUGCGUAAAAGUUCACUUAAAAGGGAACUAUAUUGCCGACAAAAUGACAGAAAAUUCAGUCCAAUUUAAGUAUCAAUUCUCACCUGACAAUACUAUUGAUGUUGAUGUAUUGAUAUCACCAAUGUGGGGUAGUCCUGUUGAAUUGUCACAGUAUGUAUCUAAAAAUUGCCCUACGGAAUUUUUUCAUUUGUCAGCAGGAGCUGCAAAAUGGCAAAAAAAAUUUAUGAGCCAUCAGACUCUCAGGGUCAAAGAAUAUAUCAAGAGAGCCAAGUAUUGGAGCUUAACCGUUAACUGGGAGGCUAUUGGGGGCCGUAAACCAACUUCAUACAUGAUGUCUUUGCUUGUUAUCAAAGCAGCUGAGCCGUUUGAAAUUCAUAUGAAAGGAAGACUACGACAAAAUUUUAAAAAGCAACUAGCAAAAGACAUAACCAAAAACGUGAAAACCUUGGUUAAGAAGUUUGAAACAAUUGAUAUACUAUUUGACAGUGAUUAUCCGUUCCCAAAUGCUCUACUACCAUCUCCUCCAAGAGUAGUCGAUCCUGCUAAUAUCUGCAACAACCUGUACGAAACAGGAUUUGGAAAACUUAGAAGGGAUGAAGACAGUGAAAAAUAUUGGAAAAAGUUUGCUGAAAACAUAGACACUUUGGAUUUGAGUGUUGCUUUUGAGCAUAGGGGUUUUUAUAGUGAUGUUCCAGCUUUUGGAAAGAGCUAUCAACCAAAAUAUUAACUUUGCUAGUGUGUUAAACAAAACUUUGCUUAUCUGUGCUUUGAUAGUUUGUUCUCUUUGCUGUGUCAUUGUUGUUCCUUUGCUAGAUUUACAUUAUAUAUGAUGUUAUAUGAUA